AUGUUCGGCGCGCUCAAUCGAUUCAUUGGUCGGCUGGAUGGUGAGCCCGUCCAGCAGCCUCGAAACGGGCCGAGCGAUAACGCCUUUGGAUUCCAAGUUCUCCGCAACAAAGACGCCGAGCUGCCCUUGGAGCCGUGGUUUGAUUUUAUCGUGGGAAUUAACGGACAUCCUAUUGAAGAUCCAGACCCAAGCCUCUUUGCGACAGAAGUGCGCAAUUGCGCCGGCUCUAGCUUAACAUUGGAAAUUUGGAGCGCCAAGGGUCAGCGAACGCAUAGCGUCACAGUCCCUGUACCAGCAGCAAACCCCUCCCUCGGCCUGACCUUACAACUUGCCCCCCUUUCCUCCACCCAGCACAUCUGGCAUGUCCUUGGGACGCCGUCGCCUCUGAGCCCGGCUUACCGUGCAGGGCUGCUCCCACAUUCAGACUAUAUCAUCGGAACGCCGAGUGGGACAUUACGCGGGGAAUCUGCUCUCGGGGAGUUGGUGGAGGACCAUCUUGAUCGCACCCUCGUUCUAUGGGUAUACAACAGUGAAUUUGACGUUGUACGGGAGGUCGAGCUUGUUCCAACUAGAGGAUGGGGUGGCGAAGGUGCCCUUGGUGCCGAGCUAGGAUAUGGGGCAUUGCAUCGACUACCGGUUGGGCUGGGUGAGGAGGUGGAAGGACCGGGCGAGGUUGUCUUUGAAACGGGCGAGGAUGGCAGCUCUACGGCAACGCGAAAUCCUAACGGCCCCUCGGCAAUAAUUGGAUCUUCUGGGAACUAUUUGGUUCCAGCAAACAUGGCAUCACCACCUCCUCUUGCGGCUCAGACGAGAGUGACCUCCCCCCCAACUGGCACAUCGCCUGCGAGCCGUCGGAGUGCAAAGCCGCGGCAGGGAGUAUCCCCCAGCAAAGCAUUUGAUGAUUACUUUGCCGAAGGUGAACAGAAGAGCCGGGAGCAAGACUUUGCGCCUUCACGGAAGGGAACCGCUCUGCCACCUCCUCCUAAACUUGGCGUCUCCCCCACCAUGUCGGGCAGCCCGGCUCCAGCAACAGAUCUAAGAACAGAGUCAUUGGAGGCUGUUGAGGGAGAACCAGGGCCAGCACAAGAAGAACAAUGA